AUGCCGCCGCCGAAAAAGCCGAAAAAGAGUGGUGGGACAGGGUCCCAUACCCACGCUCUCUCCGUGGUGCAAGAAUUCAUGAAGGAGUCCUACUACGCGGGCAGGCGAGCAAAAGAGAAAGAGGACGAAGCUCGGAAAGCGGGCGAGAAAGUCGCCCAGGAAAUGGAGGCAGAGGUCAACGAGUACAUGGAGGACGCUGAAGGGUGGAAAGUGACGAUGCAGGAACUCAAGGAGCUGUGCCCGAAACUCGAAGAGCUGCUUGCGAAGAUUGCGGACGCGGAAGAAACGACAGAUGAGCUAUGUGAACUCGUCGAUAGCCUGGAGGCGGAUCUUUUGAGGCGCACCGAUGGACGGUUUUUGAAGCUGGAGAACCAACAGCUGGAACGCAACUUGGAGUCCUCAAGCUCUGCUACGGAGAAGCAAGCCCUCGAGAAAACAAUCACCUCUCUCCGAGCAGAUGUGGAGGGAAAAGAGCGCACUGCACAGCUAUACAAGCCCGCGCUGGAGAAAAUGAAAAAGAUGAUUGAUUCCGAGAAGGAAAGGGUUGGAAGAAGAAACGAGACAAUCACUCUGUGGAGAAAUAAGUGCGAAAACCUCCGUGCUAAGGCUGACGAGGAUAAGGCGAUGAUCGAAAAAGAGAAGAGUGCUCUGGAGACUCAGGCCCUCGAGUUGAACCAGAGAAUCCGCGAACAAGAUGAGGCUCUGAAGGACUCUCAAACUCGGCUGGAAGACUGUGAAACCAGCAAAGGCCAGUUGGAAGAGAGCCUGACGGAGAUGAAGACUUCUAUUGCCACCAUGAAUAGCGAUUAUAGUGAAGGCAAACCCACGAUGCAGGCCCAACUGGAAAGGCUUAAGGAUGAUUUGACCGUCAGGAUCGAGUCGAUCAACCGUAGGCACGAGCGCCUAAAGACCAACUUGAAGUCUGAACACAAUCUGGAAGUCAGAGAACUCCUUGGAAAGAUCGAGACCGCAAAGGAAGAUCUCGAAAGAGUUGCUUCGGAUUUCCACAAGGAGAAAGAGAAGAGUCGCGCAACUCUGUUCAAGAAUGAAAAAGAGAAAUAUGGGCUGCUGAAUGUGCAAGCCGAGUUGAAACCCAAAGUCGAAUCAUUGGAGUUCCUCCUGGAUGCCGAAAGGGAGGAUGCCGAGUCUGCCCGCAACCAAGUAUGA